CUUUUAUUAGGUGGGACGGAAAAUGGUUAUUCGCAGCGAGCGUUUCUUGAACGGAUUCGGUUAGAAGCAGGUCCGAAUACACAGCUGUCUUUACGAAGGCGCGGCCUUAGAUCUACAUGUAUUGACAAGCUUCAUCGUGAGACAAUUGAAAAUGUCGGCACUGCUGAUACAGGAGUGCUUUUUUCACCUCUGCUAAACAGCGACCUCAAAACAGGUGGUGAAACAGCGACGAGCACCGGAUGUGCACCCCCAGAUGCAGCUGUUGAUUUGGAAAACCUUGACCUUCCUGAUUCGCAACUUUUUGCUUUACCAGAAGCAAAAGCUACAAUUGCUGAUAUGCGAUCUUUUCAAGCGAAUUCAAUUUUACGAUCCAGUGUAGACAACGAGGACCUCCUGGCCCUUCUGGGAGUCUCUCCAGCGACACUUCCAAGUGCUGGUAGCACUGAGGGUCGCUUUGAGCCACUCCCACUUUCUUCAGCUGAAGGCAACGCAGGAUUUCCAUCGAGUGUCAAUGAUUUUCUUCAGCCGCGUGGUGCAGCAGGCGCCGCAGCGGGCAACUCACCCACGAAGCCAG